GGCCGCCGCUCUAUGAUGACCACCUUUGUGCCACGUCUGUGGCGCAUGCGCAGUGGAGGCGGAGGCUGCUGACUGCCUGGAGUCCAGGGGGCCCCAAAAGCCCCGGAGUGGCGGCCUAGAAGAAGAGACACGGGCAGCCAGAGAGAGAGAGAGAGAGGGAGCGUAAAGGAAGAUGAAUUUCCUGCGGGGCGUCAUGGGCGCCCAGAGCGCGGGGCCUCAACCCUCCGGAGCAGAGACGAUUCAGAAAUUAUGUGAUAGAGUAGCAUCCUCCACCUUACUUGAUGAUCGUAGGGAUGCUGUGCGUGCACUUAAAUCUCUUUCAAAGAAAUACCGCUUGGAAGUAGGGAUUCAAGCUAUGCCUCAUCUUAUCCACGUUCUUCAGACAGAUCGUUCAGAUUCUGAAAUAAUUGGCUAUGCUUUGGAUACCCUUUACAAUAUCAUCUCUAAUGAUUUGGAAGAGGAAGAACAAGAUGAUUCUGAAGAAGAAAAUUCACAAAAGCAGGUGGAAGAUCUUGGAAGUCAAUUUACAGAAAUUUUCAUUAAGCAGAAUGAUAAUGUCACUCUUCUGUUGUCAUAUUUAGAGGAGUUUGAUUUCCAAGUUCGAUGGCCUGGAGUGAAACUUCUUACAGCAUUGCUAAAACAGCAGGGACCACCAGUGCAGCAGAUAAUCCUAGUCAGCCCUAUGGGUGUCUCUAGGCUGAUGGACUUGCUUGCAGAUUCUAGAGAGGUUAUACGGAAUGAUGGUGUGUUGUUACUUCAGCAGUUAACAAGAAGUAAUGCAGCCAUCCAGAAGAUUGUUGCUUUUGAAAAUGCCUUUGAAAGACUCUUGGAUAUCAUAACAGAGGAAGGAAACAGUGAUGGAGGUAUAGUCGUGGAAGAUUGCCUUCUCUUACUACAAAAUUUGUUGAAGAACAACAAUUCAAACCAGAAUUUCUUUAAGGAAGGGUCCUAUAUUCAGCGUAUGAAGCCAUGGUUUGAAGUUAGUGAUGACAAUGCUGGGUGGUCAGCUCAGAAAGUAACUAAUCUUCAUCUCAUGCUACAGCUGGUCCGAGUGUUGGUGUCCCCCACAAAUCCUCCUGGUGCCACCAGCAGUUGUCAGAAAGCCAUGUUUCAUUGUGAGUUACUUCAACAGCUUUGUACAAUCCUGAUGGCCACUGGAGUUCCUGCUGACAUUCUUACUGAGACCAUUAAUACUGUGUCAGAAGUCAUUCGAGGCUGUCAGAUAAAUCAAGACUACUUUGCUUCAGUAAAUGCACCAUCAAAUCCACCAAGGCCUGCAAUUGUGGUACUGCUUAUGUCAAUGGUAAAUGAAAGGCAACCAUUUGUGCUGCGUUGUGCUGUCCUUUACUGUUUUCAGUGUUUCUUGUAUAAGAACCAGAAGGGGCAAGGAGAAAUUGUGUCAACACUUCUGCCUUCAACCAUUGAUGCUACUGGAAAUUCUGUGUCAGCUGGCCAGCUACUAUGUGGAGGACUCUUUUCUACAGACUCACUUUCAAACUGGUGUGCAGCAGUGGCAUUAGCUCAUGCUUUGCAAGAAAAUGCCACUUUGAAAGAACAGCUGCUAAGAGUCCAGCUUGCAACAAGUAUUGGUAACCCUCCAGUGUCCUUACUUCAACAGUGCACCAACAUUCUCUCUCAGGGUGAUAAGAUCGACAGACGGGGAAGCAAAGUCCAGACAAGAGUUGGAUUAUUAAUGCUGCUUUGUACUUGGCUAAGCAACUGUCCUAUUGCUGUAACUCACUUUCUCCACAAUUCAGCCAAUAUUCCCUUUCUAACGGGACAAAUAGCUGAAAACCUUGGAGAAGAGGAGCGGCUAGUUCAAGGAUUAUGUGCUCUUUUACUAGGGAUUUCCAUUUAUUACAAUGACAACUCACUAGAGAAUUAUAAGAAGGAGAAAUUAAAGCAACUGAUAGAAAAGAGGAUUGGCAAAGAAAACUUCAUUGAGAAACUGGGAUUCAUUAGCAAACAUGAAUUCUAUUCUCGUGCAGCUCAGAAACCUCAGCCAAGCUUUUCUAGCCCAGACCAUAUGAUGUUUGAUCAUGAAUUUACUAAACUGGUGAAAGAGUUGGAAGGAGUUAUAACAAAGGCAGUUUAUAAGUCUAGUGAAGAAGAUAAAAAAGAAGAGGAAGUAAAGAAAACUUUAGAACAACAUGACAACAUAGUGACACACUAUAAAAAUGUUAUAAGAGUACAGGACCAGGAGCUUGAAGAACUGAAGAAGCAAGUAGACUCUUUGAAAGUGCAAAAUGAACAAUUGCAGACGACAGUCACUCAACAAGUAUCACAGAUUCAGCAACACAAGGACCAAUAUAAUCUCCUUAAAGUACAGCUAGGAAAAGAAAAUCAGCAUCAUACGUCCCACAGUGAUGUGGCUCAAAUGAAUGGUGUCCAGCCAGAAGAAAUCAGCAAAUUGCACGAGCAGAUCGAAGAAUGGAAACACAAGCUUGAACUAUUACAGGAACAGCUGAAAGAAAAGGAUUCUUUGAUUGAAACCUUGAAGCUUUCACCAACAGCAGGAGGAACAACAGAACAGUCUUCCCAAACCAAUAAACCAAGUAGUGGUUCUGAGGCUGACAAUGAAUUAUAUAAGGAAGUUGAAACUUUGAGGUCCCAGAUCCAAUCACAGUCUACAGACAUUAGUAAACUUCAAACUGAAAAUCAAGAACUACUUCAGAAACUGAGCCUAACUCCAGUUCCUGUAUCAGGAGACAAUGGCACUGUUAUGGUCUCAAAGACAGCUGACAUGGAAGGGAGCGUCUCAACACUCUUGCGGGAAACUAAAGAAUUAAAGAAUGAACUUGCAGCUCUCAAUCAAGAAAAAGCCUCACUGAAACAGCAGCUGGACUCAUCCAAUAGUACUGUAGCCAUUUUGCAAAAUGAGAAAAGUAAAUUGCAACUAGAAGUGGCGGAAUCCAAAAAAGAGCAGGAUGACCUUCUGGUGCUUCUGGCUGAUCAAGAUCAGAAAAUAAUUGCAUUAAAGAAUAAGCUCAAGGAACUUGGAGAACCGGUUGAAGAUGAGGAUGAUAUUGAGUCUGGUGACCAAGGUGAAGACGAUGAAGAGGAGGAUGGAGAAGAGGAAAAAGAUUAAUGUGCUUUCUUGUGUCAAAUAUGGGAAUCUUGUCAUUCAGUUGUUGAAGGCCUUGUGAUGCACACCGCAUGGUUAAGAAAGGAACACUAGAACUACUCCUGAGUUUCUGAUGCAGUCGAGAAAUGCUUUGUAGCUGAGAAAGAAAUCUCCCUUUUAAGUUUAACUGCCCAUCCAAAAUGGAAUUGUUCAGACAUUUAGAAGCAGUUUUAGAUGCUUUCAGAAGCAUUGAAGGUAAUAGUCUGAUAAACUAAACGUGCUACCAUUUGCAUAUGUGUUUGUCAUUACUUAACUUUUUUUUAAUUUUCAAUGUGAUUAAAUAUGCUAUGAAUAUGGUUUAACAUCUGUUGAAAGAACUCAUUGCCUCCUAUAUUCAGCAAGGAGGGAACUCGGGUUCUUUCUUGCUACCAUUUUUUCAAGGUUAGUGGUAGAUGGGGUGGGCAAGUUGAGAGGAUUAUACCUUUUGGUUUUCUCAGUGGAUUUCACUUGAGAGGAACUGUAUAGUGUUGAGUGCCUUGCGCCAGAAAUGGCUGCAUUCUGUACCUCAGAAGCAAAAGAGAAGCUAAAACAGCGUGGAAGGAUUUUCAUAAAGAGCAGAAUUUGGUAGCACAUUAAAGCAAUUUUUUUUAGCAAAAAUUCCAUGCGAAAGUAUAAGAUGCUACCAGAUUGUCCCUUUAAAACAAAGCUUUGUUCUUUUAUUGAAGUCACUUGCUGAAUAAUAAUUUAUUGACGUUAAUGCCCAAUAAAUAGAUUUUUAAAAAGAAAAUUAUACAAAGUUGCUGCAUCAACUUGUUGUUUUGGUAAUAAAAAUAGAUGCUAUUAACGA